GUGACUCAUAGAAUUGAUUGAUGCCAUGUGUUGGUACUUAGGUGAUCCUGUGGCUUCAUGGAUGACAAAAGAUCUCUUCAACCAAAACGUCCUUCUAAAAUGGCAGAACUGGUUCUGGAAUGUGAAGAAGAAGAUCUAGAACCAUGGCAGAAGAAAGAAAAAAUUGAGGACGAAGAUGAUGAUGAACUGAUAUUUGUUGGAGAAAUAAUACGUUCAAAACCUACCGUUUCCCAUAUUUUGAACAGAAGUAACUCCAGCUUAUCUUCAAAGAGAAUAAAGAGGGAGUCACCCAGUCCAGGUAUUCCUGAAGUGUUUAGGACUAGAAGUCAACACUACAAAGACUCCUCUUCAAGCGCAUUGUCUGCUACGCCUAAAUUGUCAUCUAGCCGUAUUUCUCAUGUGUCUAAAUCUGGCAUUUUAAAGAAUUCAUCAUCAGUUCAACCAGAUGGUUCUCCAAUCUUAGUGUUUGACUUGACCCAGGAUUCAGUACCAACAUCCCAAGAUACACCAGCAGUUUUUAAAAAAGGUACAAAUACCUCAUCACCUGUGUGUAAACCUGAAGAACCUCUUCCAGGAACUUGUCCAAAAUGCAACGUUCAGUUCAACCUUUUGGAUCCUUUGAAAUGCCACAUGAAGGAUUGUUGUCCAGACAUGGUAAAUAACUUCUUAGGAAAUAUUAAAGAAGAAUUUCCAAGUGUUGAAAACAAAAGUGAGACUGAUUCAGAGAAAGGAAAAUUGAUCAUGUUAGUUAGUGACUUUUAUUAUGGAAAACAUGAAGGAGCUGCUGAGGAAGAACAGAAGACUUACACAACUUUUAAAUGCUUCAGUUGCUUGAAAGUUCUUAAAAAUAAUAUUAGGUUUAUGAACCAUCUGAAACACCAUUUGGAACUUGAGAAACAGAACAGUGAGAUCUGGGGAAACCAUACCACCUGCCAGCACUGCUACCGGCAGUAUCCUACACCUUUCCAGCUGCAAUGCCACAUUGAGAGUACACACACACCCCAUGAGUUUUCUACUAUUUGCAAAAUCUGUGAAUUAUCAUUUGAUACAGAGCAUAUUCUCUUACAACAUAUGAAGGACACUCAUAAACCCGGUGAAAUGCCAUAUAUUUGCCAGGUUUGCCAGUUUAGAGCCUCAACGUUUUCUGAUGUAGAAGCUCAUUUUAGAGCAUCCCAUGAAAACACUAAGAACUUGCUAUGUCCGUUUUGCCUCAAAGUUAGUAAAAUGGCAACCCCCUACAUGAAUCACUACAUGAAGCAUCAGAAAAAAGGAAUUCAUCGUUGCACAAAAUGCAGACUACAAUUUUUGACCUGCAAGGAGAAAAUGGAUCAUAAGGCACAGCAUCGUACAUUUAUAAAGCCUAAGGAACUAGAGGGAUUGCCUCCAGGAACAAAAGUUACUAUUCGAGCUUCACUUGGACCUGUCCAGUCAAAAUUAUCAAGUACAUCUUCUAGUGGUUCUUCGAGCACGUCUUCUCUUCAGGUCUCACCUCUAGCUGCUAAAAGUCUUAUGAAUGCAAGUACGUUUAAGAUGAGUAGGUCUCAUGCAGCUGCAUCCACUUCAAAUAAGCCUAAUACAAGUAAAGCAAGUACAUCUAAAUACAGAACAAAGCCCUAUUCCAAGCAGAAGAGACACCGCAACAGAAAAAAUACAAUCAGCAUAGCUUUGAAGAACUUAAGGUGUCAGUGGGGAAUUCACAAGUGCAUUGAGUGUCAUUCUAAAAUAAAAGAUUUUGCAAGCCACUUUUCUAUAUAUAUCCACUGUGAUUUUUGCAAAUACAACACUAACUGUAACAAAGCCUUUAUAAAUCAUAUGAUGAGCUUUCAUAGCAACAAUCCAAGUAAACAGUUUCAUAUUUUUAAGAAGCAUUCAGGAAUUCUCAGGGGCAUUACUCUAGUGUGCCUUAAAUGUGAUUUCCUAACUGACUCUUCUGGCUUAGAUAGUAUGGCUAAGCACUUAAGUCAACGUAAAAAUCAUACAUGCCAAGUUAUAAUAGAGGAUGUUGCUGCAAGUACCUCAACUUCUGAACCCAUUUCUACCUGCUUGUUGAAAUAGAUUCCUGCUCUGUGGAGCUCGUGCAACC